AGACGUUGACUUACUAGGUAGAAAUGAAUCAGCUCUUGGAACUCUCCCAAUCAUGAUAUAGAUAUUUCAAUGUCUGAUGCCUUAAGCAUGUCUGUACACUGAAAGGAAGGAGUGGGAAAGGAUGUGGAAACUCCCUGAAGCAGAAUAUGUUCUGAAGGGAAGCCUUCUCACGUCAGACCUUCAACCUUCAACCUUUUUAAUCAUCAAAGUAGAUGAUACUUUGGAUGACGCAACAAGAAAAGAACUUUGCACAGACACUUUCUGUAAAGUUUGUGGGGCUGUGCUGCAAUUUGAAUCGCAAAGAAUAGCACACUAUGAGGGCAAAAAACAUGCGCAGAAAGUACGACUUUAUUUACAAAUACAUAGUGAACAGAAGGAGGGACUGGAGCCUGGCAAGCAGGGGCAUGUACAGUUGGACCCUAAUGUGGAUAAAAACACCUACUGCAAACUUUGCAACAUGAUCUUCACAUCUCCAGUUGUGGCUCAGUCACACUACCUGGGAAAAAUCCACAUGAAGAAGUUGAAACUACUAUCAGAUCACUCUCAGCAUCCCACCCAGAGCUCUCAGUCAGAACCAGGCCCCUCUGUGAAUCCAGCUCAUCCAGAAGUGUGUGCUGACAAACCUUCACAAGACACUGAUGCUGAAAACCCACCUUUAUCAUGUGUUACUACUGCUCUGGAUAUAGAGGAUCCAGAAAAAUAUUGCAGACUUUGCUCAGCACCUUUCAACAACCCACUUAUGGCCCAUCAACACUAUGUUGGCAAGAAGCACAAAAGGAACGAAGUACGUAAGAAGCUGGUAGCUGAGAUUGGAACUACAACUGUCCCUGCAGAAUCUAAAGCCAAUGCUAUCGGAGUGGGCAACUAUGUGUGCCCCAUCUGCAGUAUCAGCCUUACUUCCAUAGAGAUGUAUCAGUCUCACAUGCAAGGAAAUAAGCAUCAGAUUAAAGAAAACAUGAUUGUAAAUCUGAUGAAGAACUCCAAGAAAACAUAUGAUUCCUUCCAAGAUGAGUUAGCAGAUUACAUUAAAGUACAAAAAGCAAGAGGACUGGAACCAAAAACUAAUUUCAGAAAGCCAGAGGAAAGGCUUGAAUAUGAAGAAUUUGAAGCCACAAAUGGUCAUAGGGAGGUCUUUCCCUAUGAACAAGAUCUGUUUUCUCAUGAUAUUUAUGAACCAGAUCAGCAUUCCUUUUUUCCCUCAGAUAUGUGUGUACUAUCACAUUCAGUUGAAAACCAGUUGUCACAUCGGUCACCAAUUCACAGAGGCCCACGGAAACUAGAAAAUGUAGCCAUAUCUGAGUGCAACAUGGCAGGUUCUUCAGAGGAACAUGCAUCUCACUUGACAAUCUCCAAAUACAAUGAUUGUGACCCAUUAUCAGCAGAAUCUGCUGAGGACUACAAGCCUGUAUGUUCAGAUAAUAGCACACAUUUUUACCAGAGAAGCCAGAAGUGUCGAAAGACAUCCAAAAAGGGGAAAGAAUGUACAGCAGAAGGAGAGAGGAACCAGCCCCAACAACCUGUAAAGCUCAAAAGAAAACGGUGUCAUGAAGAAGAGACAGACUCAGGAAAAAAUGGUAAAAAGAAAAAGAAAGGUGACGCCACUUCAGCACUUGAGUGGAAAUCAAAGCACAGUAAAGAUAAAAGAAAUAAAGAAUGGUCUUCUGAAAAGGAUAGCAGAAGGCAUAAAAAGCUAAAGAAGAAAACAGAAGAGAGUGGACCAACAGAAGAAGAGAUGCUGUGGAAUGAAUCUGUUUUGGGGUUUUAACUUUGCUUAUUUCCAAUGAAUUCUAUGUUUGUGUGUGGCCUGAACCAUGGUGCACUUUUAUGUUUCAUUACUGUUGUUUGUUUUUUUUAUUCUUUGUCCUUUAAACACAAUGGGUCUAGGGCUCAGGAUGUCUCUUAACAAAGUGCUCAGGAAGGAUUUGAACUGCAAUUCUAGAACCUGUUCCAGUACUGUACAUGGUUUACUGUUUCUUAUGGAAUGACACCCCACACAACAUGGAGAAGCUAUGGAACAGUCUUGCAAUGGCCUAUAAAAUGGAAGGAUGCAGUAUAUUCAGUGAUAGCUGUCUCUAUAUUGUUGAAAGGUUUAAAAGUAGUCUGAAAGUAUUGGCUACAGAUCAUUCCAUGUCCUAUUUAUGUGUAGGGUUUUUUUUUCUUUUAGUUUUGAAAGUACUGUACAAAAUUAAGAGACCUACUAAAUAUACAAACACUUGAAAUGUUUUCCCUCUUAUAACUCAGGUCUAACAUAUUCUCUAAGGAGUAUUUCUCAAGUGCCCUUGUUAUAAUUUGUGCGUGUUAAUUCUGUAGUUUAAGAUGAUGAUAAUCAUCAUCUCAAACAAUAAUUGCUAUAGGUCUUGCAUUUAAGACCAAGUGGCAUAUGUAAAGUUCAGGUCGGAUUUUUUUGAAAAUGAAGUUCAUUCAUUAGUAUGUUCAAAGGUUUAAGGAAACAUUCCAUUUAAAAUGGACUAAGGCCCUAGACAUUCACUUUUAAUCACAUGGAGAUUAAGUCAUACCUUAAUUUGCACAUUAUCGAAUUGGCAUAGAUAUUUCACAAACUUCUCUCCAUAAGUCCAUGCUCCUGCAUUUUGCCUUAGCCUUUCCUCCCCAUUCUUAACACUGGCCUAUGGGAUAACGUUGACCAUGGGAUUAGUGCUAUAGUGGUGCUCAGUAAGAACUUGGUUACAUAUUAAAUAUCUCUUGGAUACGAUAGUACCCUGCACCACUUUUGAUUAAACAAUAUCCAUCAAUCUUCAUAUCACUGCAACGGAAGAAGCAAAUGUAAAUAUUUCAAAUGAGAGAUAAUCAACUAAAGGGUAUGGUGAAAUACUCAAAAAAUUUAAAUGGUUCAUAAUGUAGUGACCAUAUUAUUUCAAGCUCUGGAAAACCCUCAAAUUGCACCUGUUGCUCAAUAUUCAGUCAUUUAAAUAUGUCUUUAAAACUAGAUAUUUAAAAGUGGCUUUCAGUUAAUCUGUAAAUGACUUAUAAGGUUAUAUGCUAAGUAGCAUUGUCUAUAUUAUUUAUUUACUUUAUUUCAGUCCUGCUUUUUUUCCAAAGAAGGGACACAAGAUGGCCUUUUUUUUUCCAAAUUGAAAGAAUGUUAGCUUGUUUCCUCUAGUGUUAUCCUCCAGGUUAUUGAAACCCUGUUGCACAGCUACAGCUGAAUGUUGAAGAGACACUACUGUGAUUCUGGAGGGGGGUCAUCUUCUGGCUUAGUGUGCAUUUAAGAAACCCUGUGGGGACUCUUCAAUUGCCAGAUGGAAGGGAGUGAAUGUUACGCUAUUUGAUUUCUGCAAGCAUAAAAAAGCAACAAGAUUUCAGUCAUUAUUUAUGUAAUUUGCUUUGUUUUGAAAAGGUAUGGCUCUAAAGGUGGGCUUGGGAGCCAGAUAAAGGCAAAUUGGCAAGUUUAAAACAAUCACCAUCGCUGCUCUGAUUAUUACAUGUGACAACAUGCAUUUUGCAGAAGGAAGAAGAGUGAGAAUACAGGAGGGAAAGGAGAAGAGGGCAAAAGUUAAUUUAUACUGCUUCACAAAACUGGUUGAGACAUAAGACAAAAGCAAAAAAAUUUGCACAAAAUAGUAGAGACUUCUGCUUUCUGACUACCACUAGGAAAAAUUAAAUUGGGACGGAGGGACUGGGCAUUGUCAGUGGUGGUUCUACAUUGUGAAAUUCCUUUCCCUGGGAGUUCAAUCAAAGCUCCUCUCUCCCAGUCUUUACACACGAAGUCAAUGCAAUCCUGUAUGUGGCUGCUAAUGAACCAUCUAGUCAUGUUGUUAAAGAUAAUUUUCAAAUAGCAUGUGACCUAAAAAUGUGGGCCACCUGUUUUGAGGGCUGAGAUUUAUCACUUCUUUACAGCCUUGCCUAUCCAAGCUUAACCAUCAAUGGUCCUUGACUGGGAAUUUAGUUUAGCUUUGUGUCUAGGGAUUGGAAUGUGGGAGACAAGGCAGGAGAAAUCAGAACUGUUUAAAUUGGGAAGAUUUAGUAGACUGACAGUAAGGCUGGGGAGCCCUUGGUCCUUCAGAUGUUUUGUAUAACUUCUACAAUCCCUUAUAACUGGUUAUCUUUCGUUGGAUUCUGGGAAAUGAAAUUCAAACUCUCAGAGGCCCAAGGUUCCCUCACCCUUCCAUUAGAGGACAUCAAGAAUCAGCGGCAGGAGGGAAGUGAGGGAGAGCCUUUCUGUUUUCAGCAAGAAUGGAGUUAAGUAAGGGACCCAUUCUGGAUCCAGAUGAACUGCCCCCUCCCCUAGCCAUCCACCCAUAACUGGUGUAAAGGAAAGAACAAAAAGGGGGAGGAGGUAAGUAAAAAAACAUCAUGAAGCAUCACAUCUACUCCCGUUCAAAAUGGCUACAUUUUGUUUAAUUUUAAGAGUAUGAGUUUAAUAUAUUAAUAUAUUUAAUGUAAAUUUUGUGAGCUGCUUUGCUUUGGAAUAAGGACUUCAUUCAAAAAAGGGCAACAUUCCAAUAAAAAAAUUAAGGAAGACAAAAUAUUGGGAUUUAGGCUGUGA